GCGAGGGGGCGGGCGCUCGUGCCCGGAUGUAGGAUGGCCGCCGCCGCCGCCGCCGCCCGACAGCCGGCGCCCCGGAGGUCACUCUAGGCCGGCAGGCCUGCCCGUUCCCGCGGAUCGCCGUGGUCUCCUUACCAUGAGGCCAGUGAGUCGCCGCACCCUGGACCGGAUUUAUUCCGUGUUGCUCCUCGCGAUCGUAUUACUUUCCUGGGGAUAUGUCAUCUAUGCAUCGACAGUAGCCGCUCGACGACAACUAAGGAAGAAAUACCCUGACAAAAUAUUCGGGAAUGAAUGAAAUUUUUAAUUCCUCUAGAUUUUAUUCUAUGCAAAUACUUCACUUUAAGCUUACCUGACACAUGUCUAUAUUUAAAGUAAAAUCCAUAAUAUAAAGUUUUCAAAUUUAUUAUUGCAUACAGUCCUUUAUAAUAAACCAUGAAUGUGCUAACUUUUCCAA